AUGGCAAAUCUACAGUAUUACAACUACCCCGGCGUAGGCACCAGCAACAGAGAACAGUUUUCGUACAGCCAGGCCGUCAGAGUCGGCGACACCAUUCAGUGCUCCGGACAGGGCGGAUGGGACCCCGAGGGAAAGGUGCACCACAUCCCUACCGAGAUCAACGAGCAGAUCGACCAGGCGUUCAAGACUGUUGAUCAUAACCUCAAGCAUGCCGGGGGGAAGGGAUGGCCGCAAGUCUUUCGCGUCAACUCGUAUCAUGUUCCGCUCAACAACGAAGCUAUUGCGGCAAUGGCUAGAAAUUUCAAGCAAUGGAUGCCCGACCACCAGCCUAUCUGGACCUGUGUCGGGGUGGCCAGACUCGGGGAAGACGAUAUGCGUGUGGAGAUUGAAGUGGUGGCGUAUGAUCCGGAGGGAGCGAGCACCAAGACUUAG